UUGUCUGCUGCAGACGAGCCUCAGAGACCCAGGUAUCCUGCCCAGAGCCACCCCCAGUGAGGCUGCAGACCUGGAGAAACGGAUUGAUAACAUGGGCACCUCCACCUACCGCCCGCCUGCCCGGACAAUGGAAGUGGUUAUAAACAAAUACCUGGUGAAAUUAAAGUACUGCUAUACCUGCAAAAUGUUCCGACCCCCCAGGACCUCUCACUGCAGCGUCUGUGAUAACUGUGUAGAGCGGUUUGAUCACCACUGCCCCUGGGUAGGCAACUGCGUGGGGAAGCGCAACUAUCGCUACUUCUACGCCUUCAUCCUCUCCCUCUCCUUCCUGACGGCCUUCAUCUUUGCGUGUGUCGUCACUCACCUCACUCUGCGCUCUCAGGGAAGUGGAUUCCUCACCACUCUGAAGGCAACACCAGCGAGCGUGCUGGAGUUGGUGAUAUGUUUUUUCUCAGUCUGGUCUAUUUUGGGCCUCUCAGGUUUUCACACUUACCUAGUCGCCUCCAACCUGACGACGAAUGAAGACAUCAAAGGGUCGUGGUCAAAUAAGAGAGGCUCAGAGUUUGCCAAUCCCUACAGCCAUAAGAGUAUCCUCACCAACUGCUGUGCAGUUUUGUGUGGGCCAUUCCAUCCCAGUUUAAUAGAUAGAAGAGGAUUUAUCCAGCCUGAUGCCGGGACCCUGUCCAGUCCCAAGGGUGAAAUCCCCUCCUUUGGCGCCAAGACCGACACCAGCAUGGUAGGAGGCAUUCCCUAGUGGUGCUGUGAUGUAGUCCAGUGCCUGUCGUGCCAGUGCCUAGCUCCAGUCAGUACCUUCCCGUUAUCAUCUCCCUGACCUCAGGCAAGACAGCCCUGUGGUGCAGAGCUGCCAAAGACUCAGUCAAACCAGGCAUUACCUUUGUAUUUAUUUAUUUUUUGUUUCACUGUGAUAUGGCUUACCUGGAUUUUCAACUGCUACAGCCUGAUGCCGAGCAAGACCUUGGCCUCACCCAGGGAGAGGGGUUCUAACCACAGCUGGGAAGCAAGAAGGGAUGCUUGGGAAACCCCAGCUUCUCAGAACCAUCCAAGUUUGGAGUGUCCGCUCGAGAGAGCUGCCAUCUUUGCUGCGGGGAUUAGCUGAAUGGGCUGCCGUGCCUUGGGGGGGCUGAGGAUGGGUGCUGCAUUCUAGAUUGGGCGUUGGGUUUUGGGGGAGGAUGAAGGCUGAAAGCUAGGUCUCCCUGCUGUGUCUCUACAAAUGCCCUCUGCAUCUCUGCCCCAGGAGUGCGAGGGGCAGCUUCAUGUGUCUGUUCCCAUCUGGGUCUGUGGAAUAUGUAGCGUCCCUUUCCAAGCAGCACUGGUACUUUUCAGAAUUGAAGCUGGCUGGUUGGGAUGACAUUCUCAUUCCCAGGUGCUGGGGAGAGCUCUGAGGGUCCAGACCCAUAUGGGGCAGUGAGCAUAGGCAGGGAAAUAGAUGUGCCAUCCCAGUUGCUGUUCAGUGCUGGCUGUCACCUGGUCACAGAGGAAGGUGCUGACUAACCCUUCCUAGUGUUGUAGCCAUUUCAGCCAGUAAGAAGCCAUGCAAGGAUACAGUCCAGAGAAGCUCCUAGUUUUAACGGUUAAAAACAAAAUAAGCAAAGUAUUUUGUGGGUGUAAUGGGGAGAUGUUGCCCUUAGAUGGUCACCUGUUGGACCUCUGCCCAACACUAGGUGACUAAAGCGUGAGUGGGCUCCAGCGUUGAAGAGGCACAGCUUGCCCAGGUUGGGUUACCCUGAAUGCUGGUGUCAGUUAGCCUGCGCUUGGUUUGGAUUCCUGGCCAGUAGAACAGAGAGUGGGGCCACCUUCUGGCCCUCUGGGAAUGAUUCCUCUGAGUUUGUCUGCUCCAGGGUGGCACCAUACCAGGUGCUUUUGCAUACCAGGUCUUCA